UGGUGCAUCAAGACCGGUGGAAGUGAACCGCUUAAUUAUCUGGAUUUUCUGUCGAAGAUCGCUAAAACACGAAAAAGUCGUUCCUGGAGGAUUUCUAAAGAGACGAAUGAUCAGAGUCGACAAAAGAUCGUCACGAAAAAACUCGGAUUAAGAUCAGAGCGAGAAUGGUCAACUACAUUAGUUUUGUUCUAAUUGCGAUGGCGUCGAUCGCGAUAGCGGAGUCAAGGGUGAUUCCGACUGAGCCUAUUUCUGUGACGCUGGAUACUUACGACAAUCCUGUAAUGUUUCUGAGAGAAAAGAGGACAGCCGUGCGUCCUUAUCCACACAGGACGAUGAUGUUCACGGGUUAUUACAGACCGAUACGUCGCACGAAUAACAGUGGCCAGGCAACAGGCGUCUUCGCACAAGGAAAUGCUGUGAGUGGCGAAGCUUUCUUCGGUGGUAUGCACACGCCGCAUCUCAAAGGUGGCCCGGAACCAAUCGAGGAAUCGGAAGUGUCUAGCGCCGAGGCACAGGCGGCGCCGGCGCCUGAAGAGCAGGAACGCGAAUAUCAUCGAAAUGAGGUGCAUCGUCCUGAGGAAGAGCAGCAUCAUGAACAUCACGAUGAGGAGGAACAGCUUCAUCCCGACGAUCAUUACCAUCAGGAUUCUUUGACCCCUCAGGGGCAUCACGAAUUGGAGCAGAUUCCGUUAACUACAGAGAUUGCCCAACCGACGGAAAAGCCAUUUACUGCCACGGAGGCGUCCCGACCAAAGAUACAUCAUACCAAGAAAACGCAUAAGACACCCGUAACUAUCAACACUGACGAUGAUGACGACGAUGAAGAUGAGGUGGACGAUGAGGAAGACGAUGAACCGGUUGUGCCGUUUGUACCUUUUAAGGGCAACAGACGCCGUCAGAAAUAUCCUCAUUUAAACAACUUCUUCCCUAUGGUCUUCAGCUUCCCAAGAUUGGCUACUCGCGCUGGAUCUUCCGGAUCUGUUCCUGGUGCUAUCACUGCCAUUGCAAAUAGUUACUCUACAGGAAAAGGCGGAGUUGCUAGCUCAGUAGCUACUGCUUAUGGCGGAUCUCCAACUGGAAUGUCAAGGAUCCUCUUAUUCGUUGCACUGCUUGUCGCAGUUGUAGUAGCAUUACCAGCACCGCAACUUCAAGGUUCUCAUUCAGAUCUUCAAUGGAUAGCCAGAACAGUUGAGUCGGAGCCCGCUCGUCUUAAACGUACCGCAUACGGUGGAUAUGGCGGUGGUUUCGGCCGCGGAUUUGGCGGAUAUGGCGGUUUUCGAGGUCAUCAUCACCAUGGUCAUCAUCAUGGUUAUGGAGGAUACCGAGGACAUCGCGGUGGUUACGGAUGCAGAGGAGGAUGCGGAGGAUACGGUGGCGGAUUCGCCAAUAGUGCAGCCCAUGCAGGUUCAAUAAGCACGCCAUUCGGCAGCGGUUCCUUCGCGACUGCAUUUGCUAAUUCUGGUUACGCGAACAAUCGACAAAUGAAGAUGAAGUUCUUCAUAAUUACAUUUGCUGCCUUCGCGAUUGAAGCGCAGUGCCGCUCGCUCACGCUUUCAAGCGUGAGAGAAGCAGACGAAACAAUUUCCGUAAACAAGCCGGAGCAACUAAAAGAACUAAUAGCAGCGUACGAGAAACAAUUUUUAAAGCAGCUAAGCUCGAUUAUCGAACAACUUGUCCAAGAGCAAUCGAGAAUUAAGAAUGACAAAUUUAACAAUACAGACUCUACCUUGCAGGCAUUAAAUAACGUUAACAAUAUAAAAGGUCUAAUCAAUACUAUAAAGGAGAUUGAUACUCAGGAUGAGGAGAUUACCAAUGAGCACGUUCGAAUCAAACGAGCCGUGACUUUCGCAACAUCAGAAGAAUGGAUGACUAAUAUGCUGAUUGAUAUUCAACGUCAAGUGGUGCACAUUCGAAAAUAUUUAGACAAGUUAUGCAAGAUGGAACUGGAUAGUCUCUGCAAACUUUACAAGAAAUUGACUACCAAUUCCAGCCAACAACAAGUUGGACGAUCGAUAUCUAUCGGCAGAAGGCCACAAUCGAGGCCAGCUGUCGAGAGAAUCGAUAGAACCAUUUUUCGAGAACUCCUUCACAAUACGUUUCACGUAAUCACCGAGGACAUUCUGGUAGAGCGCUUGUUUUGCUGUUGGGAUCGAGAGAUCGAAGGUGCUAUCAGACUUGAACCGUGGAUCAUGGGAUUAGAUGUAUUCUUGCGAGGUAGUCUGCGUGACAAAAUCGUUUUCUGCUUUCACGUGUACGAUUUAAACAACGACGGAUACAUCACAAAAGACGAAAUCUUUCAGCUGCUCAAAAAUUGCCUGAUAAAGCAGCCCGGUGAAGAAGAUCCAGACGAAGGAGUGAAAGAUUUGUCGGAGUUGGCCUUGAAGAAAUUCGACGUCGAUCACGACGGAAAAAUAUCAUUUCGAGAUUAUGAGACAGCAGUUAUAGAGGAACCGUUAUUAUUAGAAGCAUUCGGACAGUGUCUGCCUACUGAUGAAAGCUGCGCAGAUUUCUUGGUGACUCUUCAAUCCUGA